AUGAAGUUCUCCACUCUCGCACUCGGCGUGCUUGCUGGUAUGGCAGCUUCUGCUGCUAUACCUGCCUCCGUCGUCGAUGGCAUGAACCUCUCUGACCAUGGUCUUGGCCUUGUCAGCGCUGGUGAUCCUGUUUGCCACAAAAAUUCUGACUGCGGUCCUGGCGUUGGUUACUGUUACAAGGGCAUCUGUGUUGCCGACCCUCCAAAGAAGCGCAACGAUCCCGUCUGCCACAAGAACUCUGACUGCGGUCCUGGUGUGGGCUACUGCUACAAAGGAAUCUGCGUUGCCGACCCUCCCAAGCUCACUCGGGAUGAUGCUUCUAUCGUUACUUGCCAUUCUAACAAAGAUUGCUUCAACGGUCUUUGCAUUGCUGGUAUUUGCCAUUGGGGCAUUGGAGAGAGUUCCGCCUCAAACACUGCGAACAAGAAUUCUGCCUCCCUUGUUCAGACUUCUGAAUCUGCGGAUCCCGUUUGCCACAAGGACUCUGACUGCGGUCCUGGCGUUGGUUACUGCUAUCAUGGCAUUUGUCUUGCGGAACCUCCCAAGCUUACCUCUCGUGACGACCCCAACUGCCACAAGAACUCCGACUGCGGUCCAGGUGUUGGUUACUGCUACCAUGGUAUCUGUGUCGCUGACCCUCCCAAGGAUGCUCGUGAAGCGUCGGCCGACCCUGUCUGCCACAAGAAUUCCGAUUGUGGUCCAGGCGUUGGCUACUGUUACCAUGGCAUCUGUGUCGCUGACCCUCCCAUGCUUGCCCGUGAUGAACAGACUGAUCCCGUCUGCCACAAGAACUCCGACUGUGGUCCCGGUGUGGGUUACUGCUAUCAUGGCAUCUGUGUCGCUGAUCCUCCCGUUGUUCCUCGCGGCGAAGAAGCCGAUCCUGUGUGCCACAAGAACUCCGAUUGCGGUCCAGGUGUUGGCUACUGCUACCGUGGCAUUUGCCUUGCUGAGCCUCCCAAGUGA